AUUAUUUUUUGACGUCAUAUCCGCGGCGCCAAACCUGCUCCAAAGAAAACAAGUUAGAACGUUGAAUCUUCCUUCUAUAUCCGUAUUUCAUCUAAAGCGUUUUACUGUGAGAACCGCGACUCCUGCGUUCUUAUUGUACUGAUAAAACAAACUCUACAGUUCGACCACAGAAGAAGCAGUUAGCCGCUAGCUAGUAGUUGCGUUCAGUAAUCGUAUCAGGAAAGACCAUUCGCUUAGAAUUUGUAGAAUUCAUCGUGUGGGUUUGUAGUUUAGUUUGAAAACUCUCGCCGUGGGUAGUCAUGGACCUGGGUCCGUUUGAAGCAGAUAACACUGUCAGCUGCCGGCUUUCCUCCCAGAUCCCUGACAUCUGCAGGACGGAGGACUGCUGUCUGGGGAUUGACGAGGCGGGCAGGGGGCCUGUGCUGGGACCCAUGGUGUAUGGAAUAUGUUUCUGUCCAGUGUCUAAAAAACAGGAGCUGAAGGACUUGAAAGUUGCAGAUUCAAAGACGCUGACAGAAGAAGAAAGAGAAAGACUUUUCCACAACCUGGAUGAAGCCAAAAGUUAUGUUGGCUGGGCUUUGCAUGUUCUUUCACCCAACACCAUCUCCACUAGUAUGUUACAAAGGACAAAAUACAACCUGAAUGCGCUCUCACACGAUACCGCCAUUGGGCUAAUACAGUACGCCCUGGACAGUGGAGUGCAGCUUAAAGAGAUCUACGUGGACACAGUUGGUCCGGCAGAGAAGUACGAGGAGAAACUUUCACAGCGGUUUCCUGGUAUUGAGGUCACCGUUAGACCAAAAGCCGACUCCCUCUUCCCCGUCGUCAGUGCGGCCAGUAUCUGUGCAAAGGUUGCCAGGGACCGCGUUGUAAAAGGCUGGAAGUUUGCAGAAGAUUUAGGAGACGUGGAUGCAGAUUAUGGGUCUGGAUAUCCUAACGACCCAAAGACCAAAGCGUGGCUGCUGAAGUACCUGGACCCCGUGUUCGGGUAUCCGCAGUUUGUGCGAUUCAGCUGGAGUACAGCCCAAACUCUGCUGGAUAGCAAGGCUGUGACGGUUCACUGGGAUGACGAUGAAGAGGACGGGGAGAAGGCGGCCAAGCGGCUGAACAACAAGUCCAUGCUGUCGUUCUUCAGCGCAUCAGCUGGAAGUGACGACCAAAGCCGCCAAACGCACCGUUUCUUCACCGACAGGAGGCUGAGGGGCCUGAGCAGUCUCUAAACGCACUGUGACUAGUUUCCCUUUUUUUUUCUCCCUUCUUUUUUGCAAUAAAUUGUUCACAACUUGGAACAACAAAUGCAUCCCAGAAAUUUUUGAA